AUUAUCCUCUCCUGAUGUCUCCCGGGCAGCCUAGUUCAAGAGGCAUCUAAUAACAAUCCCGGCCCAAGAAUCUGGCAGAUUCUAGGGGGUAGAUUGAUCGAAUUCUUUCCUCGUUCCAACCCAGUUUCUUAUCCUUCGAUAUCGACGGCCCCUCUCGGUUCAAUGGCCGACAAAACCCCGGGGCAGGAAGAAUCUCCUUAUCCAGAUUCCGUCCAACGUCCGCCUUACGGGGCUUUCGACCGGAGGCCUUUUUUCCAACGCAAGAGACCAGCUCGAUACGCGUCGGCCCCUAUAUAUGACAGUCCGCAACGGCACCAUCGUCGGAAUCCCAUCGUUCGACGUCCGGUCAAGGAAACGCUCGACGCUCACUCGGAAUACUACACCAGUCAAGAUGACGGCACAGCUGAACACAAGAUCAACCAGUAUGUGAUAAAGCAGGAAAUCGGACGGGGAUCGUUCGGGGCGGUGCAUCUUGCCGUUGACCAGUUUGGAAAUGAAUAUGCUGUAAAAGAAUUCUCCAAAUCGCGACUUCGUAAAAGAGCACAAUCGUACGUCCUGCGCCGCACUCGAGGCUCCAGGCGUCCUGGGUCUGGUUUUAAUUCCCCGCUUCACCGACAUCCCUCUGAAAGCUGCCCGGGAGAAGAAGGCAAUGCCUUUCAUCUGAUCAAACAAGAGAUAGCAAUUAUGAAGAAGUUGAACCACAGUAACCUCGUGUCACUCAUAGAGGUUCUGGAUGAUCCGACGGAAGAUUCUUUAUAUAUGGUCAUGGAGAUGUGUAAAAAGGGAGUGAUAAUGAAGGUUGGACUGGAUGAGAGAGCCGAUCCCUACGACGAUGAGAGAUGCCGCUGUUGGUUCCGGGACCUGAUUUUGGGUAUAGAAUACUUGCAUGCUCAGGGCAUUGUCCAUCGGGAUAUCAAACCCGACAACUGCCUGUUGACCGGUGAUGACGUGCUAAAGGUCGUUGACUUUGGUGUGUCCGAAAUGUUUGAGAAGGAUUCAAACAUGUACACUGCCAAAUCUGCUGGAUCUCCGGCAUUCCUUCCACCAGAGCUAUGUGUUGCAAAACAUGGAGACGUCUCUGGUAGGGCAGCAGAUAUAUGGUCAAUGGGCGUCACACUAUAUUGUCUACGUUAUGGAAGACUACCCUUCGAAAGGCAGAGCAUCUUUGAUCUCUACGAGGCCAUUAGAAGUGACCCUGUUGUCUGCGAAGGUGAAACAGACGAGAAUUUCAAGGACUUGAUGUAUAGGAUCCUGGAAAAGGACCCGGUUCAAAGGAUUACUAUGCCAGAGCUACGGGAACACCCCUGGGUGACCAAAAAUGGCAUGGAUCCACUACUACCAGAGGAAGAAAAUACCGCAGAGAUCAUCGGACUCCCUACAGAGGAAGAGAUGAAUUCCGCAAUCACAAUGAAUAUAGGUCGUAUUCUUACUGUGAUGAAAGCUGUUAAGCAAUUCAAAAGACUUCUUGGUCCAGACAAAGCAGAUCCGCCAAUGCAAAGUAUUCUGGGUCAAGAUUAUGAAGCCCAUUUCGUCCAACCUCCUCUUGAGAUGGAGCCGGAAGAGAGCUUUGCUGCAAUUGGAGCUUCGGCCUUUAAUAAGAGUCAAAGUCUAAACAUGUACAAUAGAGAGCAUCCGGAGCGCGAUUUCGUCUUGAGUGGCUAUCAUGACCAACAUCUUAAAGAACAAGAUGAAGACCAGCCACCAGGCCCUGACAGCGUGCCUACCAGACAAGAUUCGGACAACCGGCAGAAUUUUGGGGCUUCUUCAUCAUCAUCCCCUAAAGCUCCCUUAUCAAGAGCGAGUUCAGCCGCCACGAAACAUAGCGUUGAGGGAGGAACCCGUGGACAUGCCAGGGAUCCUUUGGAGGAAGAGCAUCUGUAUCUUUUUAUUGGGCCCUCUACAUUUACUGGCACGUUUAGUGAGGCAAUUGAUUCCACUCCUGACGGUGUCUUUGAGGAGCCAGACAGUUGGGAAGAUGGAACCCUACAAACCCCAGGUCCUGGACUCUCAGUGGAUCAUACUCCAAUAGUGAGUGAAUCCCCAGGUGCUGCAGACUUUGACAUCUAUGAGACUGCAUACAAGGAACAAAUCGAAAACAUUCGGAAGCGCCGCCUUACACGCCGCGAGACAGGAGGCAAGCUAUACCUGACCCGACGGGUUGAGAAUAAGGACCACAUGAAGAAACUGGUCGAAGAACUACCGCAGGAUGAAGACCCUGCGUCUGGGCCGGUGGCGGGAAUUGGUGAAAAGAGGGCUGUACCACCUGUGACUCCCAUAGUUGGUUUGGUGCAAGCCCAGCUUAAACGGCGUCGGGAAUCAUCGAAGCUCACCAAUCAGACCCUCAAGGAGCAGCCAUUUCCAUCUUCGUCAGUUCUAACCCCCACAGAAAACACAGCUUCUGCUCCAGGGAACCCUAUAGAUAGAUUGUAG